CCAUAGAGAUAUACAUCUCUAUGGUUGACACCGACAUACGCAACGCCCGGAUAACCUGACCCAAGCAACACUCACGCACUUUACCCUCGUUGGGGACAGACGUGUGAAUGCGUGUGCAAGAUAACAGCUUCGAGACAAGUGUUUGUCUAUUGGAGACCUUGGUGUUCAACAGAUCCUGCAGUGGAUUUUAUACUGUUAUGGCUGUUCUCUCCAAUAUUGUCUUCCUGUUGGUCAAACUCAGAACAGUUAUUAUCGCGGGACUUGGCGCUCUGUUAACAGCAGUACUUGCCACUGGAUUACGAGGGGACUGGUUACUUCUUUACGUCCAAAUCAAGGGACUUUGGCAGGGGGAUUCGACAUGGAGACCGAUCUCCACUCAACACACGUCCUUCGACGUCGACAACUCAACUGAUCAUGAUUUCGGAAGCCAUGGGAAAUACCUAAAGGGCUUAGGAUUUUACCUCCUUCAAUCUUUUACUGGGGCUUUCCUCAUCUUUUAUGGAGUUGGUGGAUACUUGAAAUGGUACUACUACAUACAACGCCGUGAGAGGGCAGCAGACUGGAAAUGCCAACCGGAUCGGUUUUUAAAACCGGAAGAUGACCGGUUGGAAUUUUGGUUAGGAUCUCUGAACAUGGCAAUCGGGUCUCUUUUAUCGGGCAUCCUAGUGACGUACAUUAUGAAUGGAGGGGAAACAAAACUCUAUUACAGCAUCAAAGACUACGGGUGGGGCUACUUCAUUGCCUCCAUCCCAAUCACCUACCUCUACAACGAAGCAUCUUUUUACUAUUCUCAUCGUUUGAUGCAUUUCCCAGUCUUUUACCGUCGAUAUCACAAGCUUCAUCAUCGUUUCAAGGCUCCAACCCCCUGGUCAGCCGCUGCCAUGCAUCCAUAUGAAUUCAUCAUCUUCCAAGUUUUCCUCGAGAUACCGAUCGUACUGGUUCCAUUACAUGCAGGAGUUUUUCUGUUCUGGUUGAUCUACGGAUAUUACUACGGCAUCCUAUCACACUCUGGGAUUGAUCUGCAUUCAAUGCUACCAUGGCAACCAAGCACAAUGUUCCACGACGAUCACCAUAAGUACUUCCAUUGUAAUUUUGGCGUGAAUACGAUGCUCUUCGAUAAGCUUCAUGGGACGAUCAGGAAAGACGACAGAUUUUACUCAGAAACAACCUUCGGAGGGAAGGGCGCCCCCAUCAAACGAACUCCAGUUACAGGAUUCAAGGAUCUAAAUAAAGACAAGUAGCUACACAGUGACGGACAUCACUAGCGAAAACCACGUGGGAUAGAGCACACACAUCCCCGUAACACUUUUGUCACUGUUACGAUACUGCAACAAAUAACAAUGAAAAUUUAGUUUUAAAUUUGAUUUCCUUUUUUGUUUAUUACAGGAAAUACAUGUUAAUCAAUCAACAAAGUUAAAACAAAAUAUCUUACAUCUCUUGAAGUGCUGAUUAUAAUCCAAAGUUAUGAUCCAGAUAAAAUCCAAGUUGGCUGGCGAAAAUUGCUUAAAGUUCACAAUGAUGGCGAUGAUGAAACUGAUGUUGAAGUACAAUACAAGAGUCACUGUAACGAGUUGAAAUGUCCGUGAAGACGAUGUUGAUGAUGAUUAACAGUCAAUUUCAGCAAUCCAUAGGUUGAAAAGCGUUCAUUAAAACAGGUUGUUGAUCUCGAUGAGAACUGAGAAUUCCUCUCAAAAUAACUGUAAACAGUCAGCUUAUAUACAAAUUAUUCACUAUUCUGGAAGCUUCUAGUAUUGUCUACAAAAAGAACAUUCUCCUUCUUUCUGGAGCAAUCAAAUUCUAGAAGACUCUUGAAUGACCUCAGUGAAAUUAACAAUUGUAAACAUAGCUAAUCCUAUUGUUCAUUUCCUCUACCACUGGGAAUCUUAUUGUGUAGCAAUCUCUAUUCAGAAAUAACAGAGUACUAAAAGAUUACUCAUGUCUAACAAAGCUUUACUGAGACAUUCUGGAAUAUUCUUAAUCAUUCCAUGCUAUGAAUAUCCUGAAAGAGGAAAUAACUAAAUAAAUGAA